AUGUCGACGAAGAAGAUCGUGUUGAAGAGCUCCGAUGGCGAGUCUUUCGAGGUCGACGAGGCGGUGGCUCUCGAGUCUCAGACCAUAGCCCACAUGGUCGAAGACGACUGCGUCGACAACGGAGUCCCGCUUCCCAACGUCACCAGCAAGAUCCUCGCCAAGGUGAUUGAGUACUGCAGGAAGCACGUCGAGGCUGCUGCUUCCAAGAGCGAGGCCGUUGAUGGUGGUAGCUCCUCUGACGAUGACCUCAAGGCUUGGGAUGCUGAGUUUAUGAAGAUCGAUCAAGCUACCCUCUUCGAACUCAUCCUGGCUGCUAAUUAUUUGAACAUCAAGAACCUUCUUGACCUGACAUGCCAGACGGUGGCUGAUAUGAUCAAGGGCAAGACUCCGGAAGAGAUACGCACGACCUUUAACAUCAAGAACGACUUUUCACCUGAGGAAGAGGAGGAGGUGCGCAGGGAGAACCAGUGGGCUUUUGAAUGAUGUGUAAGAGAGAGUCUUUGUAUGGAAGAGGUUGUCGUUGAAGCAGACCAACCAGUUUCUUUAUUUUAUGUUGUUGUCUUUUUCUGUGGAUGAUCAGUGUGGAUGGUGAUGACUUGGUUCCUCUGUUGUUUUUCCAUUUGAAAUUCGUGACUUUGUUCGUUCCCCACGUGCUUUUAUCUUACGGUAAAGAACCAAUGUUGAAUGUGUGCUUUAAUGUCGUCAAGAUUGUGAUGUUGGUUUUGCCUUGCA